GAGAGAGAAGUGACAGUCGAGAUAGAGCGGUGAGCACAAAGAACGUCUCAGUCGGCGCUGAGCCAUUGCCUCAGCAAGUCUCGCCAACAAGUUGCAGAUCUAGUUAUCAGACAGUUACGAAGAGAGCUGAUACCAACAUGAGACUGUACGGUGAUCCCUCGGUAAUCGUCCUCCUGACGAUCCUCGCAUUUACCCGGAUCUCGAUCGCAGUACGCGUCACGCAAACCUCCGGUAGGAAGAACGACCUGGACACUGAUCAAACAGCGGCAUCUUCCUUCUGGUCUCCUACCCUCAAGACCAGCAACCUCUUCGACGAUGCCGCGAACUUUUUCCCCUCGAGCCACGGUCUGGUGCAAACUCACCCGACCGGAAAUGUGUUUCGAAGUGGAUUCGGUGGCAUCGAUAACCUUGGUAGCCGAGGGGUGACUGUCAGGCCACCAAGGACGAGACCACUUGACUACAGCGAACGAGCCACCGCUGAACUUAGACGAAAUCCGGCGCUUUCAUCCCCUGACGAGUGUGCCAGAGCUUGUCGCGAAAACGAACCUCCCAGGAUAUGCUACUAUCACUUCACCCUCGAAUACUACACGGUCCUUGGAGCCGCGUGUCAAAUUUGCACCCCUAACGCGACUAACGUCGUCUGGAGCGACUGUCAGUGUGUCUUGGCAGAUGGUGUGGAAAGAGGUAUUCUAACAGCUAACAGAAUGGUACCUGGGCCUAGUAUCCAGGUAUGUCAGGGUGACAAGGUCGUGAUCGACGUAGAGAACCAUAUCGAAGGUAUGGAAGUUACCAUUCACUGGCACGGUGUGUGGCAAAGAGGAAGUCAGUACUACGAUGGCGUGCCAUUUGUUACACAGUGUCCCAUUCAAGAAGGUAGCACGUUCAGGUACCAAUGGAUGGCAGGAAACGAAGGAACACACUUCUGGCACGCCCACACUGGCCUCCAAAAGAUGGACGGUCUUUACGGAAGCAUCGUAGUACGUCAACCACCGAGCAAAGACCCCAAUAGCCAUCUUUACGACUACGAUCUGACUACCCACGUAGUUCUUAUUAGCGAUUGGUUCCACGAAAACGCGGCCGAACGUUUCCCUGGACGUCUCGCUGUUAAUACGGGUCAAGCACCUGAAAGUGUGCUGAUCAACGGAAAAGGACAAUUUAGGGAUCCCAAUACAGGUUUCAUGACGAACACGCCAUUGGAAGUGUUCACCAUAACUCCGGGCCGUCGUUAUCGCUUCAGAUUGAUCAAUUCCUUCGGGUCAGUUUGUCCAUCUCAGAUCACCUUCGAAGGCCACACUCUGACCGUGAUCGCAACCGAUGGCGAAGCCGUGCAACCGGUCAACGUGGAGACGAUCAUUUCGUUCUCUGGCGAACGAUACGAUUUCGUUAUAAAUGCGGAUCAACCGGUCGGCGCUUAUUGGAUUCAAGUUCGUUCGCUCGGCGAGUGCGGAAUUCCGCGUGCCCAACAGUUGGGUAUAUUGCGUUACGCGCGUGGACCAUACCAACCGACAACCACGGCGCCCACUUACGAUUUUGGUCUUCCACAGGGUGUUGUGUUGAAUCCUCUGGACGCAAUUUGCAAUCGCGACCGCGUGGAUGCGAUCUGCGUCAGCCAGCUGAAGAACGCCCGUCAAGUUGAUCAAGGAAUUCUCCAACAGCGUCCUGACGUGAAAAUAUUCUUGCCAUUCCGUUUCCUCUUCUACAGGCCAGAAGAAGUCUUCCAGCCGCAAACCUAUAAUCGAUUCUUAGUCGCUCCGACCGGAGAUCAUGUAAUCUCUCUGGUGGAUGAAAUCUCGUUCACGUUUCCGCCGGCGCCUCCGCUUUCGCAAAUCGACGACAUCCCGCCCGAACAAUUCUGCAACGGGGACAACAGACCAGCUGACUGCGGAGCUAACUGCAUGUGCACCCAUCAGGUCGAUAUCCCGCACAAUGCGGUCGUCGAAGUGGUUCUCGUCGAUGAAGUACAACAACCGAAUCUUUCGCACCCGUUCCACUUGCAUGGUUACGCGUUCAACGUGAUCGGUAUCGGUCGUUCGCCCGACAAGAACGUGAAGAAGAUUAAUCUGAAACACGCGUUGGAUCUCGACAAGAGGGGUCUUCUCAAUCGACAGUUCAAUCUACCACCUGCCAAGGACACUAUUGCUAUUCCAAACAACGGCUACGUCAUUUUCCGCUUCCGUGCGGAUAAUCCUGGAUACUGGCUGUUCCAUUGCCACUUCCUAUUCCACAUACUUAUCGGAAUGAAUCUGAUUCUCCACGUCGGAACGCACGCUGAUCUUCCACCGGUGCCGCCGAAUUUCCCAAGAUGCGGGGACCAUUUACCGCCCAUAACACCGCCCUCGCUAUCGUUGGACUCGUUUCACUGAUCGAUCUUGAAGAAAGUCAAAAGCAAAGGAAAUCGAGGCGGUCCAAAGCAUACACGAUAUUCUUAGCGUAUUCCUGUAAAGUAGUCACGGUAUGCUGUAGCGAAACCAUUUCGUAAUUUCUUCCUUUCGUCGGGUCGUUCGUCGAGGAUCGUUUCGCAGUGAGAGAGAGAAAAAAAAGAGAAACAGAGACAACUGAAGAGUUAUCCUCGAAAACGAGGCGCAAAGACAACAGACGGUAGAACGAGUGUUUUUGAUCAGACACGGUAAAUAUACCGCUUUUGGUGCCGCGACACCGAUCGUUCCCGAACGACGAUUACGACUCUGCGUUGGCAACAGUCGAUAUUUAUUAAGUACCGGAUGCUUUAUUCAACUAACUUGCGUCAAAUCUCUUCAAUUCGGCGACUUUAAUCAACCGUAUUUAAUUGGCCGGCAUCCUUCGUACGGUGUAAAGCAUCCGGACAAAUUAUGUAGGUACUCGCGAAUGUUACUAACAUUUGUAACUCUGUAAAUAAUGUAGAAAUAGUCGUUACAUUUAACGAGACAUUAACGGGGAGUGUUGGGGUAAAAAGAAAAAAAUGAAAAAGAUAAACAGAUAUAACGCGCGGUGGAAUCUGCGAGACAAUGUGCAGCGAAGACCUUUCACCGUGAGACGGUCGAUCGGUGAUCAUUAGAGAAACGCUGUUUAAGGAAACUCGAUCCGUUCGAUCCAGAUGAUCGUGGCCGCUUCUCGGACCAGAUCCGACGAUGUAACGCUUCGGUUAGUUGGAUCGAAUCCAGGUUCCUAAAGUGGCCUUAGUUAGGGAGAAAAUUCGUGCUCGUAAUUAGAGCAUGCUGCUUUCGUUCUUGUCCUUGUCGGCCAUUCGAUUACGGCAAUUAGAGUGAACAGAAGUAAGCAACAACGAAAAGGUAACGAGAAGGAAAUAUUUAGUUAUUGCCUAAUGUGUAAAUGAGAAAAAAGAAAAGUGAAAAAAAAAAAAGGUAUUCUUAGAGAUUAGUGUCAAGGAAGACGGGAGAGGUGUCAAAGAGAUUCCCGACGUAGCCGUGGCGGUAAAAUGCGUUCCAUUCGGUAUUUCCAUUCACCCUUACGAAACACGCGCGCCAGGUUACGUUGUUCUUUUAUAUUUUUUUUUAUUCUCUCUAGAUCGAUUUAACGAUUCCAUUCACUAUUUAUUUGCUCACCGGGAAAUUUCAAUGCGAAAACAUCACUCUUUGAUGUACACUCGUGUCGUGUUCACUAGAGAUGGGAUCGAGUUUACUUGAAAUCUGACCUGACAUUCCAUUUCAUACAUUUGCAAAGUAUUUCAUAUUUACAAUAGCGUAAUUUCAAAAUUAACAAAAUAGUAACUCGAUGAACUUGCAUUCCAUCUUUAGUAUUGACACACGAUCGUCGUGCCGGAACAUAGACGAGUGAUCGAUUGGCGAAGUCAAACAUUUAAUCAACAAGUCCUUUAUUCCUUUUGUACGAGAGUCAAUGAAGUUUGAUCGUGUAACCCUCGAACGCGGCGAACUUUGUCGCACGCCCCUUUUACACAUAUACAUUCGCACAUAUGCAUAGUUGUACGUUUAUUCAUGGUGCCUCCGUUUUCUUUAUCACGAGUGGAGAAAUACGUUAAACGAUUACUCGCAAACUCACAAUACACGAACGCUUUAGCAAGCUCGACCGUACAGCGAUCGUGGCAAGGUGCAAGUUCACUCAAGAUCCUUGCACCGGCUCGCGAAUCGCGCUUUGUAGAUAAUAACCCCCCAUUUUUUUGGUUGAUUUCGUUGAAUACGCUCGAGACGGAGCCGUUAAAACACGAAAUACUCGAUCGCGACGAUUCGUGGUUCAGCGACGCAACGACGAGGCUAACGAGCGAAAUGUUGUUGGUGCACGCUUGUCCUUUAACGUGUCGUCUUAUUGUUCUCACGAUUCACCUCGAUGUCGGCAUAAUUUAUUUUAUGGAAUUUAUGGCGAGGAAGUGCCACGUUCGAAACGACAUCCGGGGGAAAUUCUCCCUGGUAUCGUUUGCGGAUAAAACGUGUACAUUUAAUUGUCGGUUAACCGAGACACGAGAAUCGAUUCUUGCUUUCGAGGAUCGUCGAGGAUUUAUGUUUUAAUUGGACAGCUUUGCUUUUGCCGGAACAACGAGACCACGUUCUGGUGUAUCGUCGGUGGUGAUAGGUUUCACAGGCUAAGUAGAACGUGCCUGUCGUUAGUCAGACGUUCGUUAAGUCGAUCGUUAAUUAUUUUUAAAGACAUCCCCUUCAUUGUAUUUAACGUUAUCGCGAAUUUUCUUUACCUUUGCUUAAUUUAUUUCCCUUCAUUCUUUUUCAACCAUGAGCCUUUCUAUAUUUUUCCUUCGAAAAUCAUAUGGAUCCUUCGUGUUUUAUUUAAAAAGUAAAAAGAAUGUCUGUAAUCAUUUAUUACAGAGUGUAAUUAUUAAUAUAACGAUACGCCUCUAAGAGAUUCGAACGUUAUCGUCCACGAACAGAGAUGAGUAUUCGUGUUUUUGUACAGGUAGUAUUUAAGCGAGUAAUUCGCGUAUACUCCGUUAUCAGAUAAAGAUGUACAUUUAAUAAUAAAUUUGUUUUUAAAAAUUCCUCUACCAUUUCGCGUUUGAAGAGAACCAUAAAAUCCCUUUCUUCCUUUUAUAUCGUAAAAGGAGACUGACUUGACUUUCUAAAAAUGUCACGAGUAAGUACCGUACUAGAGAUUAGAGUACUGUUAUCAUUUACGUUAACAA